GCAGUGGCAACCCGCUGGGGUCCCUUUCCACACUGUGGAAGCUUUGUUCUUUCGCUCUUUGCAAUAAAUCUUGCUACUACUCACUCUUUGGGUCCACACUGCUUUUACCAGCUGUAACACUCACCGCAAAGGUCUGCAGCUUCACUCCUGAAGCCAGCGAGACCACGAGCCCACGGGGAGGAACGAACAACUCCAGACGCGCCGCCUUAAGCCUUAAGAGCUGUAACACUCACCACAAAGGUCUGCAGCUUCACUCCUGAGCCAGCGAGACCACGAACCCGCCAAAAGGAAGAAACUCCGAACACAUCCGAACAUCAGAAGGGACAAACUCUAGACGCGCCACCUUAAGAGCUGUAACACUCACCACAAGGGUCCGCGGCUUCAUUCUUGAAGUCAGUGAGACCAAGAACCCACCAAUUCCGGACACAGUUGGAAAUGCAGAAGGGCACUUGAGUUUGGCUGCAGUCUCCCACACGGAGACCUUCUGGAGGAAGAUGAGCCCUAAACGCGAUGGGUUGGGGACAGAUGAUGGUCUGCACUCACAGGUUUUACAGGAGCAGGUCUCCACAGGAGACAAUCUCCAUGAAUGUGACUCCCAGGGACGAAGUAAAGACACUUUGGUUCGUGAGGAGAAGACCUACAAAUGCAAGGAAUGUGGGAACGUGUUUAACAAAAACAGCCUCCUUGUUCGACAUCAGCAGAUUCACACUGGGGUGAAGCCUUAUGAAUACCAGGAGUGUGGAAAAGCCUUUCCUGAAAAGGUCGACUUCGUUCGACACAUGAGGAUUCACACAGGGGAGAAGCCCUGUAAGUGCGUGGAGUGCAGGAAGGUCUUCAACCGCAGGUCGCACCUCCUGUGCUACCGCCAGAUUCACACUGGAGAGAAUCCCUAUGAGUGCAGCGAGUGUGGAAAGACCUUCAGCUAUCACUCUGUCUUCAUCCAGCAUCGCGUGACCCACACUGGAGAAAAACUCUUUGGGUGCAAAGAAUGUGGAAAAACCUUUUACUACAACUCUUCCUUAACCCGGCACAUGAAGAUUCACACAGGAGAGAAGCCCUGCAAGUGCAGUGAGUGCGGGAAGACCUUCACCUACCACUCUGUUUUCUUCCGACAUAGUAUGACCCACACUUCAGGAAAGCCCUACGAGUGUAAAGAAUGUGGGAAAGGCUUUUACUACAGCUAUUCCCUCACUCGACAUACAAGGAGUCACACUGGAGAGAAACCUUAUGAGUGCCUUGAACAUAGAAAGGCCUUUGGCUACCACUCUGCUUUUGCCCAACAGAGUAAGAUCCACUCUGGAGGAAAAAACCUUUGAGUGCAAAUGAUGUGGGAAUUUAUGGGUUUUCUUUUUUUUUUCUUUGAUACAUAGAGAGCCACACUGAAGAGAAGCACUCUGAAUUCAGUGACAGUAGGAAAGCUGUGACCUGCAGCUCAUCCUCACUUGGCAUUGAAGAAUUCCUUCUAGAGAUAAACUCUAUGAGAUACGUGGGAAGGCCUUUUGCAAGUGGGCCCACAUCAGUCAACGUCAGAGAACUUAAACUGGGAAAAGACAUUUUGACAAAAACUAGUGAAGAAAAUCUUUUGGCCACAGGAAAUAUCUUCCUCAGCAUCUGAGAAUUUUUCCAGGAGGGAGACCUGUUGGUUAUUGUGCACUUAAAAGAACCACCCACACCUCUCUCCAUAGUUCAUAUCACUAAGCCACUUCAGGAUUUUUUUUUUUUAAGUAAGAAGGGAACUGUAAAAGAGAAAAAAAGAAAUGCAUGCAUAGCUUCUGUCAGACUUCUCUGAAAGCCAUGCCUAUCAAAAUUUGAAUUCAGUUCUUCAUUUUGCAGAUGGCUGAAAGGUACAAAGGCCUUGCCUCGUUAUUUGUCCUUUAUAUGUAUUCACUCCUGUCUACAGGAGAAUUGUCCUCUGUAAAGACUGACUCUGUAAAGAUUUAUUGAAUGCGUUCUUUGUUCUAAAACAUUGUACUCCUGAGGAAUGUAAGUCUUUGUGAGAAAUAUGAACGCUUAAGUAAUGGAAUAUGUGAAACUUGUAAGAACGUAGAAUAUAAAAAUACUGCCAUAUAAAAUCCUUUCAUAUCUGAGGAGGGACGAGAGAAUGAUGGUGAAGCUGUGUUGCUUUCCCAGGUGAGCCUUGAUUAUUUCCUCUGUGCUUUCUCAGCUUCUUUGGCCUUCUGUAAGAGGGGCUUCUCCAAGAGCAUGUCACUAGUUUUCUAGAGGUUAAACAAGAGCUAAGACAAACAAAACAAAACACAGCUUAUCUAAUCUAAUGAGAAACUCAGAAAAAAAUGUUUUGAUGAAUACAAUGUAUUAAAAUAUAAAACAUGUAGAUCCUUUGACAUGUUAAUUCAAUUCUAGAAAUCCUCAGAAAUGUUUUUAUAUUAUGCAGAGAUGUGCGUGCAAAGAAUAAUCGCUGCAGUUUUGUUUUUAUGUGUGAAACGUUGAGAACAAUCUAAAUGUUUAUCAGUUGGAAGUAAGUUAUGGUACAUCUGUUCUAUGAAAUACUGUGAAACAAUAAGGUAUCCCUGUAUGUACUGAUAUCAAAACAUCUCUAAGAUACAGUAUUUAGUAAAAGAGAAAGUUUCAGGAAAUAAAACUACAUCUAGAAGUAUAAGCAUAAAACUGUUAAUAGUGGUUUUCUGCAGGAAAUGGGAUGGACCAGGGUUAUAUGCAAUGUUCAGUUUUUACUUUUAUACUUAAGUAUUGUUUAUGUUUGAAAAAUAAAAAGCAUUUAUUGUUUUUGCAAUAAAUGUUUAAAAGAUUUCAAUAAAGAUAGCAUGUUAG